AUGACUACCAAAACUGAGGUAUCCGACCACAUCGAGAACGCACCUGCCUCAGACUCGGUGGCCGUACAGAAUGCCAUUGACGCCCAGCGCCUUACGGCAAAGCAGCAGUACCAACGCCUUUGGUCAAACCUCAAGAAGGACAAACGCUAUGUCAUCUGGUCAAUCUACAUCAUGUCCCUUGUCUUCGGAUGGGGCUAUGAUGCCGGUCUCUCUGGCGUAGCUGUUGCCUUCCCUGAGUUCCGCAAGGUUUACGGCGAAUAUUACCACGUAGGGGACCAAUACGUGAUCCCCGCGCUGUGGCAGUCUCUCUGGAACGCAGCUAGCACCAUCGGACAGGUCUUUGGAGCUUUCCUGACGGGCCAGUUCGCGGACCAUGUCGGCCGAAAAGCCGUUCUGUGGACUGCUGUCGUCUUGUCUCUUGCUUCAUCUUUUGCACUUGUCUUUGCCCCGAGUCUCCCUAUUCUUUUCGUCUCCAAGCUCCUUCUAGGCCUCUCGGUCGGCCUGUCAACUGUUACACCUCCGCUGUAUGUCACUGAAAAUGCACCAGCUGCCCUUCGAAGCUCACUUAGCUCUCUCACCAACGUCAUUAUUGUUUUGGGCUUCUUUCUCUCGUCCAUCACUGGAUGGGGCUCUUCACAGAUAAAGGGUGAAUGGAGUUUUCGACUUGCGUUUGUCAUGACAUUCCUCGUUCCCACACUUUUCGCCAUCGGCCUCCCCUUCCUGCCCGAGUCACCAGUUUGGUACGUCAAGAAGGGAAGAGACAGCGAUGCUCGAGCAGCCAUCAUCAAGCUCUACGGUGAGACUGUUGACGUUGAGGAACGGCUCAGCUUUAUCAAGUCUGAGCUCGAGGUUGCUGCUGGUGAGGCCAACAUGGCCAGUCAGACAAGCUGGAAGGCUAUUUUCUCCAAAGAGCACCGGGGCCGAACCCUUGUUGCUGUCAUGGGAUUGCAAUCCCAAAACUUCUCUGGUGGCUACUUCGCGAACACAUAUCAGACGUACUAUUUCGAGCUCAUCGGCCAAUCCGACCCCUUCGGGUUGACUGCUAUAUCCUCGACUCUCCAAUUUCUCUCCAACUGCGUUGCCGUCUCAGUUUCCGAUAUCCUUCCUCGGCGAAAGUCCCUUAUUGGCGGCGGUACACUGCUCUGCUGUUGGUCAAUCAUCAUCGCCGGAACCUCGCUUGCUGGCACAGGGAAUGGAGCGGCCAAUACUGCCUUACUUGUUUUCAUGAUCACGUGGUCGAUGCUUUACACCGCCACUGUAGGUUGCUUCGGUUGGGCUGUCGCUCAGGAGACUGCUUCUCAGGUAACACGUCCCAAGACCAUUGCUUUCAGUCUCGUGUGUCAGCAGCUCACGGCGCUCAUGCUGUCGUCCGUGUUCCCGUACUUCAUCAACCCGGACCAGCUCAACUGGGGCGGAAAGGUCAUGUUUCUGUUUGUUGGUGCCGAAGUGUUCAUCCUCGCCAGUUUGUUUUGGUUUCAGCCCGAGACAAAGAACAGGACUUAUCAUGACAUUGACUCCCUGUACGCGCAGGGUGUUCCCCCAAGAAAGUUUGCCGAGUAUGUGGUGGACGACGGAACCGUGGUUCAAAAGCCACGUGUGUAA